GGUUCAGGGUUCAGCCCCCGCGGUGAUUGGCCGAGCGCCGGCCGGGCGGGUUUUCGUGCAGACCUUUCGCUCGUCUCCUUCUCCGGCCGCAAGCCUUCGACUUCUGAUAUUCCUCCUUCCCACCGCUGAUAUCGCCAAUCCGACAAUGUUUCCCGCGAGAUCUUUUGUUCGCGCCCUGCCGGUCUCCAGCAGAGUCUUUGCCGCUCGCUCAUACGCCUCCAAGGCUGCCGUGACCACCCCGCCAGUCCAGCUCUUCGGUGUCGACGGAACCUACGCCUCGGCUUUGUACACCGCCUCCGCGAAGGAGUCCGCUCUCGAUGCCACCGCCAAGGGCCUGACCUCCCUCAAGACCGCUCUCUCGAAGGAGCCCGCCUACGCCGGCAUUCUCUCCAACCCGGCUCUUUCCGCUGCUGACAAGGCCACCGUCGUUGAAUCGCUCUCCAAGUCCGUCAAGUCUGCUCCUGCUGUCACCAACCUGCUCUCCGUCCUCGCCGACAACAACAGACUCGGUCUGCUCCCCAGCAUCAUCUCCAACUACGAGACUCUUAUGCGUGCCUACAAGGGAGAGGUUGAGGCUACCGUUACCUCUGCUGCUCCUUUGGAGUCCAAGCUCUUGAACCGCAUCGAGGCUGCUAUUUCCAAGUCUGCGUUUGUCGGUGCCGGCAAGAAGCUCAAGGUCACCAACAAGGUCAACCCCGAGAUCCUCGGAGGCGUCGUCGUCGAGCUUGGCGACCGCACUGUCGACCUCUCUGUCUCGUCCAAGAUCUCGCGUCUCAACGCUCUCAUUUCCGAGGCUGUUUAAGUCAGUUUCUUGUCAUCUCCUUUUUUCAUGUACGGGAAAGAUAGACGCGCUUUUGAGAUUUGAUUAGCCGAUGGAUGUUACAAAAUAAAUCUAUUUCAUUUAGUAAU